UUCGCCUUAUUUUGUGUACAUGUUACUCGAGCCAACGUUUAGCCACGCAGUUUGUCUAAUUUCCAGUACUUUGCAUUUAAAACAGUGAAGAAAAAAUUUAAUUCCUCUUCAAAAUGGCUCGUAACGCUGAAAAAGCAAUGACAACUCUGGCUCGAUGGCGCGCUGCAAAGGAAGCGGAAACCGGCAAGAACGAACGCCGGCCCUACCUGGCGUCGGAGUGCAAGGAUCUGCCCAAGUGCGAAAAGUGGCGCUUGGAAAUCAUCCGGGAGAUAUCGAAAAAAGUGGCACAAAUCCAGAAUGCCGGUUUGGGUGAGUUCAGAAUCCGGGAUCUGAACGACGAGAUCAACAAGUUGCUGCGCGAGAAACGACACUGGGAAAAUCAAAUCUCGGACCUGGGGGGGCCUCACUACCGGCGAUAUGGUCCGAAGAUGUUCGAUGCCGAAGGCCGGGAAGUGCCGGGCAAUCGCGGCUACAAGUACUUCGGAGCGGCAAAAGAUUUACCAGGGGUGCGGGAAUUAUUCGAGCAGGAACCUCCGCCACCGCCGAAAAAGACCCGGGCGGAAUUGAUGAAGGACAUCGACGCGGACUAUUACGGGUAUCGGGAUGACGACGAUGGAAUUUUGCUUCCGCUGGAGGAGAAAGCGGAGAAGGCUGCCAUUCAGAAAGCGGUUGAGGAAUGGAAGCAAAGCCGAGCGAAGGGAGAGCAGAAGGAAGUCGAACCGGAGGAGGACAUUUACGGGUCUGAUGCGCGGUUGAGUGGCGAUGCGGACGAAAAGCAAGGACAGCAGCAAAAGGACGAUCCCAUGGGGCUGUUGGGACCGAGAUUUACCGCGCACGUUCCAGUACCCAGUCAGAAGGACAUCGAGGCGGCAUUGCUGAGAAAGCGAAAAUUAGAACUGAUGAAAAAGUAUGGCAUCGAGGACGAUGAAGAUAUGUGAGGGUAAGUGCUUGAUUUAGGUAUGUUUUAUAUUAAAUUCCUAUGCUAAUCUGAGAUUUGUAAGGACAUGUGAUAGCUUCGAAAGCCUUGUCGUGUUUUUAGUAACACAAUAAUUUGCACAAUUUAUUUCUAUUGUUCGUCAUUCAAUAAUUUCAUCCACAAAUUUCUUGAUA